AUGGCCAGCAAUUCAGUGUUUAAAUACGAUGAGGCGAUGGGAAGCUUGAUGGCCAUCACAGCUGGCAUAUUCACCUAUAACUGGUAUAUGUUAUAUGGAGGAGCGCUAACUCGAGCCAGGCGCGCAUUUCUCAAUGUUGCAAAUGUGCUUGACACAUACCAGAUUUACAAUCGAAAAUACGGCCAUUUCUACGAAUCGGAUCCAGACACACCCGGCGACGCAGCGGAUACGUUUAAAAAAGCUGCAGCAUCGUCGCUUGGCGACAUUUUCAAAGAAAGCGGGCCUGCCACCAGCGAUGAUCGCAGCAGAUUUGAGGAGGUUAGAUGCGAAUGCGAUACUACUGCCAGCUCAGCUAACCUUCUAUAG